AUGACUGAACGAUCGUCAACAAAUCCAUCAUUAACAACUUCAAAUGAUCCCGAUGUUUGUCCAACGGCGAAUCAAGGUUUUACCCAACGUCGUACUACAAUGGAACCAUUACCAAUAAACGAAAUUAAUCUAUCUAAAUCAUCCAUCAUUUGUGAAAAAUCCAAAUCAAUUGUUAAUACUCAUCAUUAUUCAACACAAACAUCAAUGGAUAAAAGUAAUGAACAAAUGUCAAUACAAAUGAAUCGAAACAUUACUAUGAUUCAGCCUCCGACAAAUCGUCCAAUAUCAAAUUUGAGUAACGUAUCAUGUUUGAAUGCAAAUGCUGGUCAAAUAAAACCAGUUCACGUGUCCAAAAGUACUAUAGUAUUAAAUACAGCUGUUAAUGAAAAUCGAACCAAUCAUAUUGGAAGUCAAAAUAUAAACAGUUUUAAUACUAAUCGUUCGGUUAUUAAUUUUUCUAAUACAAAUAGUCAAACAAAUGCUGUUCAACCAUCAACAAGCAUGGUUUUGAAAAUGCGUUCAGCUGAUAUUCGAAGUUCACGUGAAUUUCGGGAUUUAGAGAAAACCAAUCGUGAGUUGACGAAUAAAGUCAACAACUUGAAAUUAGCUUUAAAGAAAGUGAUGAAACAAAAGAAAAAAAUGGCUGAAACACAUAUGCUUAAACCUGGUGCUCCUUUCUGGAAUGAAUUAUCAGCAUUUAUGAAUGCUCACAGUAACAUGUACAAGGGAGAUGGACGAACAAUUCAACAGGUUGGUGCUGAACUUGGGUUGAAUGCUACAUUAAUUAAACGUGUUCAACAAGAUGCUGUUAAACCUGAUAAAAUUGCGAUGAACGUUUGGCGAACAAUUUGUCCUACACGUGAAGAUCAACUUGAAGUUAAAUCAAUAAAGAAUAUACCACCAUCAACAAUACGAAAUAUUUAUACUUUUGCUCGAUUGUGUUUACCAAGAUGUGACUUGGACUUUAAGAAAGUCCGUAGUGAUAUUGCUGCAAGUUUACGAUUAGCUCAUUUUCAUGCCAAGUCAAGUGGAAAUGUACCAAUGAUUGAAGAUGCGCCAAUGAAUCAGAAUGAAGAUGCAGCAAUGAAUCAGAAUGAUGAUGAUGAUUCAGACGAUUGUGAAGAACUUGCACACGACUUGGAAUCACUUUUGGAAAACGACAUCGAUAUUGAUUCUAUUAUGGAAGAUUUAGAUGAAGAUGAAGAAAACUGA